AGUUCACGGAAUGUGAUGACCACGAAGACAAAAACGCCACCACCUCUGUCAAAAAUUUACUAUGUGGACUUAGUCUUGAUUGCCCUUACAGUCGUUCUCGGUACCAUUGGUCUGCUAUUUCCAAAGGUUCCGCUUCUGAUAUGGCUUCCAUCCUUACUUCUGCUCUGCUCUUCAUGUGUUUCACUUUCUGCCCUAAUUUAUCUGAACAAGGGAGUAGCUUUACGAUCACGUGACAAUCUCCUCUUCUAUAUUCUGUUGACGAUCGUUCUUAUAAUUUUUAGAAUAUUCUGUGUUUGCCUGCUGCUAAUCGGUAUUUUUGUGCCACAUGCUAUCGCUUGGAUAAGCGGAUCACUUGCGGCUGUUGCGCAAAUGCAUGCCAUUUUCGGACUGAUCGCUGUCGGUAAAGUAACGUUCUAUCGGCUUGGACUUGAUAAGAGGAAUACAUGGAAAGAUAAAAAAUUCGCUCCACAUCAAAUCGAAGAGAUUGCCAUCGUUAAUCUUGGCGCGAGUCGCGCCACACUUGUCACCAACAUCGACGAAGGCGAACUGGUGCAGUUUGAUUCUCCUUGAGAUGGAACUGGGGUUAUAGCAAAUUUUUUCUUUCGUUUUUUUCGUUGUUUCUUUCAUUGCGCUUCAUAUCUCCAGAUUGUGAGAUUUUGUAGAAAUUAUCGCUAGUCAUCUCCUCUUGAUAUUUGGAACAAGUCUCCCAAACAUUCAAUUUUAUAUUCUUGAAGAUAAGUGGCUAAUUUUCCUAUCUUUCGUAUGCUUUGAAUUCUCAGACAAUUAUAGGAAAAAUAAUGCUUUUUGCACACUCUGCAAAUUUGCAUCUUAUGCUGUCAAAUUUACGUAAAGUUCCAAAGAUAUCAUUUUAUCUCAGU